AUGAGCAACUCCACCACUCAACCCCUUUUUAAGGUGAUCAUUAUUGGCGGCGGUCUCGCCGGCAGCCUUCUGGCGAACGGCCUAUCUCGAAGCAAGGUCAACUUCGAGGUUUAUGAAAGACAGGAGAAGAAUUCGAAAAGAGAAGGUUACCAGAUCCGUUUGGGCGAAGCUACAUUAAUAGGCAUGCGGACAUGCCUUGACCAGGACCAUAUUGACUCGAUCUUCAAGCACUUCGGCCGGUCGACAUCAUCACAAGCACCGAUUUUAUAUGACAAGCACUUCCGUAAGAUUUUCGAACCAGGCAGAGACCCGAACUACACACAAUCCUCACCUAUUAGCCGCGUCAUCCUCCAGGAUGCGCUUCGCGAGCCACUCAACAGCAUGGGCAAGAUUCAUUAUCGAAAAAAAUUCGUGGACUACACAAUCCGUCAAGAAGUUGGCCGCGAUUUAGUUGAGGUUAAAUUCGAUGAUGGCACCUCUGAUAUCUGUGAUAUCUUGAUUGCUGCAGAUGGCAAUAACUCGCGGCUAUUUGAGCCUUUUCGGUGGAACCUAGUGUUGAUGCUUGUCUUCCUAGUCUACCUACCUGGUGGUGAUAUGACAGCUUGUGUUGAAAAUGCAGAUGCCGCAAACGAAGAAGAGCUAGCAUCGUGCAUGCUCGGUGUUGGAUUCUUCGUCAACCGCAUGACAACCCUACGCAGCUUUGAAUCUUUGUCGCAAGCGGAAAAGUGGGACGCUGUUGACGAUCUCUUUGAGGACUGGUCUCCGAAACAGUAA